AUGCAAAAUCAGCCUCUUUAUAAGGACGUCGUUGCCCGCGUCGUUCUUCAUCGCAAAAAGGAGGAAGAGUGGAUUGCAUUGCGUGACCAGCUUCAGCAUCAAAUUGCAGUAUGCAUGGGACAAAAUGGAGCAAUUAAAUUAUGCGAAGCCUCUUUAAAUAAACAGAUCGAUGACUUAAAGCGAAAGAUUGCAAUAGCCAAAGGACAAGAACCGGAAGAAAAGAAACCAGAACCGGCACCACCUCAACCUCAAGAAAUUCAACAUAAGAUCGAACCACUUCCAAUGAUAAUAGAUAAAGGUAAUAUCGAGCAGAAAGCUCCAAAACUUAUCGAAAUACAACCAAUUCAACUUCUUCCAGAACCUUCUCCAAUUAAAAUUUCGACUCCUCCACCGCAGCCUCUUCCAGAAUCUCCACCACCGGCAACAGAAAAGAAAAGGAAAUUACGAAAAGGCGCAAGCAAGAAAUCUGCGGGUUCAGGCGCUCCUGCGCUUUUCAAACAUUCGAUAAAUAUUCACUUAGAUGCCAUCCGUGCUUUAGCCUUUUACAAUUCGAUGCCAAUUAUCAUUUCAGCAAGUGAUGAUGGUACUAUUCGACUUACAAAUUGCGAACCAUCGAGUUCUAAAGGUAAGAAACUGAAAAAUCCAGUUAACUUCGCAUCAUUACGUGGCCAUGCAACUCCUGUAUUAUGUCUAGCGCAAUACGAAGCUAAUAAUAGACAGUAUAUGCUCAGUGGAGCUGUAGAUGGAACAAUAUGUUAUUGGGACUUACCGAAAGCUACUGUUGCUCUAUACGAUACACGUGGCCAUGUAUGCCACGACAGAAUUUACGAGUACGACUUCCAUAAAGACUCUGUUUGGGGAGUAUCUACAAAUGGAACUAGCGUUGUAUCAGUUUCUGCUGAUGGAACUGCCAAGCUCUGGAACAUUUGUGAGAACCCACAGCCAGAGGACCUCCCUGUUAAGUCUCUUCCCGUUCAAUGCAGAUGGAUUGAAGGAAAUCGCUUCGUAGUCGCAUGCCAGAACGGCGAAAUACUCAUAUUUAAUAGCAACAAGCUUGAAAAGGAGAUAAAGAUUGAUCAUCCAAUCGAAACUAUCUCUAAUAUCGUUGAUAAUAUUAUGACAGUUACUUCCGGUGAUUCAUUCCUCCGAAUUGUCUCUUUGGAGGAUGGAGAAAUUAUUCAUGAGAUCAAAGCAUCACAGAAAAACUUACAAUCUUGCUCUAUUACAUCUGAUGGAGAAUGCUACAUUACAACAUCGACGGCAAGAGAAGUAAGAGUUUAUUCUUCUAAUCCCCCUUACGAUUGUGUCUUCUCUGAUGUCUAUUCAAGAGAAAAAUUUGGAGAAAGCGCAAUUUGCUCGACAGCUACAACGAGCGACGCGAAAACUAGCUAUUUCGCAAUUGGCGGUGCUGACGGAUCUUUACAUGUGUUUAUACAUAAUGGAUAA